AUGGUGGAAGGUCUCACCAUCACCAACUUGAUUGCCUUGCAGCCGCCGGCUCCAGCUGGGUGUCCACCACACACCCCUUUCGCCGGCUCCUCGAUCGAGUCGGGGAUGAAGAUCUACAAUGCAGUGCCUCUCCUCACCGCGCUGGCGCUGUGGCCGGCGACCGCCAGCGAGGCCUUCGAUGCCUUCGAUGCGGCGCCGCAGCGCCACCGAAAGCCACACCUCAAGGGACAGCAGGGAGUGGAACACCUGAAGUUCCAGCACAGCCUGGUGGCGCAGACCGCCGCGGAGGCAGAGGCCAUGCGCAGCCGAGAGGCGCAGGUCUUUGAACAGGGCCGCCACAUGCGAGCGCGUGAGGCGCUCUAUGAGAAGCACCUGGCAGAGUGCCGGGGUGACCACUUCUGCGAGAAGCAGGUGGCAGCGAAGCAGAUGCAGAUUGAGCAGCUCGUGGCCACUGGUCAAGCACCGGUCGCUGUGAUGGAGGGCCGCGAAGAAGAGCACAAGGCGCCCACUGCGGAAGCACCCAGCACAUCCUCAUGGCUUAGGCAGAAGAUGCAUCAUGCUGUAGCGAGCGUGACGGCCGCCUUGCGGUAA